GGCUUCACCCAGCGAAUGGAGAAUGGCAGAGCUGCAAAGGAUGGGGAGAUGCUGGGGAAGUUUCAGCAAGCUGCUGCGACUGGCGUAGCUUUUCCAUUUUAACCUUUUAAGCGAGCCCUUGUGGUUUCCGAACCUGCUAAAUUAGGUGCUUCUGCUGUUAGGAUGUUCACCUCCUGCGUUUUAAUUGCAUGUUAAAUAGAGAAGAGGCUACAGAGGAGAAACACACUCUUUUAACAGUUUUCUGCCAUCAGAUACCUCCCUACUCCGAGUGUUUUUAAAAAUGCCUUGCACCAAAAAGCUGAAAGAGGUGCUGGAAUUUGAUGUGGUUUCCUGCCCUUCUGUAAUCUUACUUGAUGGUUUUGUCUUGUAUUUUUUUCAGUUGUUUAAUACACAAUUUCAGUGCAAGCGUGGACAUGCAUCAGGAUUAUAUAACCCCAGGGAUAGCUGGUGGGAGACUCGCUCCCAUUUCUGUGCAGGGAUAAAAAUCAUUAGUUCUGGAACGUUUUCUGUGUAACGUGUUUGCAUACGCGCCCUUGGGUACCUGCAGAUAUUUUUAUUCACGUGAGAAGGUGCUUACCCGUUACUGUCAGCUGAAAGUGAGGAGGGAGGCAGUCUGUGCAUGCUCAGGAUAAAAUGGUUGCUAGUUGCUGAAAAUGAGCUUAGGUGAGAAGCAGCAUUCAAGGGAGAAUGAAUCCAUUUUGGAAGAAAGUGUAGUAGUGUUUUUUUCUUCCCCCCCCCAAUCCUGGAAACAGGAACAGAGCAGAAAAGCCAGUACAGAUUCUUGCUGUAAGAGCUUAUUUUACUGCAUGUUUUCAGGUUGCUCGUUGCUGUAAAAGCACACCAAAAAAUCUCGCAGUAUUUCAGUUUUGUAGCAUGAUUAGAACAAGCAGACAAAUGCGAUACAAGUGGGAGAUUUCUGCAAGAAAUUCCUCCUGACUUUUAUUUAAGUCUGCAUUUGUCAUGCUGCUGAACGCUGCAGCUGGUGGGCAGCUCUGGUCUGGAUUUUUUUUUUUUUUUCUUUAAUCGCUUUACAGAGAAGUGUUCUCCCUCUCCUCAGAGCGUGGCUAUGGCUGUCUAAUUAAAAGAUACCCUCCUCCUUUUAGAGGGAGGCUUUUGGUUUCGAGAAAAAUUCGGUUUCGUUUCCAGCCGGCAUUACUAUCUUUGCCUGUCUUCUCCCACUGGGUCUUUAAUAGCUCCUGAAAUUCCCCAGCCUUGUAAUCACUGCUGCAGCCAGAUGGGGACUAGGUGGAACUCCCAUUGCAUCUGUGCCUGCUUUUAUUAAUCUCCCAGAAGUAUCUCACUUACGUGGAUUUUUAAAUAUAUAUUUCAUGAGUUAAUGAGCCCUAAACAGCCACAAAGAGAAUCCAGAGUCAGUGCUACCCGCUGGCUGCCGUCCUUCUGGUUUUUGACGUGAUGCUGAUGGAGAGCUGUAAAGAGUCGUUCAGCCCAACACAAGCGUGACAAGCGGAGACUGUCGUUCCACUUGCUAACCUGCUGGUUGCAGAUGUGAUUUAAGAGGUUCCCCUCGCUCCUGCUCUUCUGUUUCGUCGCCCGCCCUGUCUUUUCUCACUGUGGUAAUGGAAGGAUCCCUGAAAAUGGUGUGAGGUUUGGGGUUAGCUUUGCUUUACCCACCCCCACCCCUCUCCCUUCCCACCCUCCCGGAUCGUUUCAGAGCAUGGCUGCACAAACAGUUGAAUCAGUGCGGCUGAAGAGGGUGACGGGUGACGUGGGUGGCAAGGAUGGAGGAGGAGGAGGGAGGGCACAGGAUCCUCCUGAAUUGGAGCUCAGCAUGCCAGAAUAGUAACAUGAAAGAGCUGCCUGAAUUAUUCAGCAUAUCCUCGUUUUCUUUGCGCUGUGGUUAAUUAAGCGCUGCAGUUGAGCCGGGCUGGGUUAUGCUUUAACUCUUAAACUUUACUGUGUGAUGAGGGCAGUGUUGGUGUGGUCGGUAUCGCAUCUCAGGUUGUACAGCUCUGGAUGGUAUCAGAAUUUCUGUGUAGUGAAAGAAGAGGAGUGCCCGGAGGGUGGUUUGCUGUCGGCGUGGAUGAGACCAUGCUCUGGAUGAGGUUUCGCUUCCCACCUGCCGGCCAUGACCCAUUCGUGUCCCAUGGCGGAGUCUCUUGUGCUGUCACUUUUAACCCACUUCUAGGAAAAAGAGCCUCGUUAGCAAGCAUCUGCUGAUGAACUUUUGCAUUUGCCUUGGCUCACUUCUGAAAUAACAGCAACUGUUACCCCUGAUGGGCUCCUUUGGCGGAUGGAAGGGGAGGGAAGGUAGGCACUUCUGCUGGGGAGCGGGAGCGAGCUCCGGGAGGAAUGCAGGGAAGCUAGAUUUGAAAGUAAAUUGAAUAUUUGGGGUAGAUGCUUUUUGCCUCAAUAUUGUAGAUGCCAGAAUUUAGAUGUUGGAAAUAGUCACUUUCUCCAGCCAUUACAUCUCAUUAAGACUUACUGGAAUUUAAGAAAUAUUGGUCCCUAUCAGUCUGGUGUGCAGGUCAAGUCCUUUGGCAAAAAGGACUUAAAAGGUUUAUUUUUAAUCUGGUGAGAGUCAUCACUUCCUGGAAGCGAUUUUAAACAGCAUCCCCAAACUCUGAAAAUUCAUCUGAACUGCUCACUCCUUUAGGCAGCUGUUCUUGGGUGUAAAAAAAAAAAAAAAAAAAAAAAAGGUUACUCUGCUCAAAGAAGAUUAUUUCCUCCUGGCUUAUAUAAGUUCUAAAAUAAGAAAAUAAAUCCCAACCUUCUUGAGGAUGAAACAGUUUUUCCAAACUCAGGAAUGAUCCCUUUUGAAGCAGCAAUUGCAUCAAUUAAUCGUCAAAAACUGCCUCAAUAGUUGAAAUCUCAGCUGUGACAAAAAGGGUGGCAGCUUAAAACCUUGCCUCUGUCCAUCUUUCUUUAUCAGAUGAUGGUUAUGGGUGUGAGGGUAGGGUGCUAUGGCAGUGGCAUGCUGAAAAUUAGUGAGUUUUCAUUCUGCUUUGCAGUGUGGUUCUCGUCCUCCUCUCCCAAAUUCUGGCUUUCUGUUGGUGUUAUCCAAAAUUCAGGAAUGAAUACAAGAUCCUCUUGAUGAAGGGUGGGAGCAGCGCCUCAGCUCUGUUGAAGUCUGUGGCAAAUUUUCCCAUUGUUUUGCUGGAGUCAGGCUUUUUACGUGUAAUUUUGUUGUUGAAAACCUCCUUCUUUUAUCAAACGAUACCACUUACGCAUGAGUUGGCAAGUCUGCAAAUUGAAGGCAAGCCUUAGACCCUGCAAAUAAAUUUUUGCACUCCUUUAAUAAAAAAAAAAAAAAAAAAAGAGAGAGAGAUGUAGGCAGAGUGAGCACCAUCUUGGGAACCAGCAGUGCUAGAUCCUCAUCUCACUUCUCUCAGUCUGGAGCUGAUCGCAGGUGUCCUGUUUUACACCUGCCAUGCUUUAACAGGGACAUUACUUACGUGCAGAGGUGUUGUAAAGGUCACUGUCGGUCUUUUCCAUGCAUAAUCCUAUAAUGCAGGGGCUUUAUUGUGCCUGGCAUUCAAACACUGAAUAUAUAACAAAAUUGGAAGUUUUUAGAACAAUUUCUUAGCCUGCUUGGUGAGGGUGGUGGACCUUUUUAGUGAUGCGUUGGGAACCAAAAUAGUGCACUAUUGUAAAUUUGUUUCUGCUCGGCCUUAGCACUGAGAUCUGGCUGUGGUGUGCUGCAGACAGUCGACCGAUACCGAGCAGGUCGCAUCUGAACAACCCUUACUUCAACCUGUCAAAUUUUGUCCAUUUUAAGGGAGGGGAACAGGGUUUCAGAGCUGGGAUCGCUGUCGAGCCCUGUCGCCGCUGGCAGCGUCUCUCCUGCCGCUGUGAUGUUGGUUCCUGCGGAGGUUUGGGCAGCAGCAGUGUUUCUUUGGAGAUCAAACUCGUACUGCAAAGGGAGGACUCUUGAGAGACUCAAACUAGUCCUAGAUUUGAAAUUCAACUUAUGAGUGGGUUUUUUUCCUCGUUGAAACAAAACCCAAGGAGCGUUUUUGUGAUUUUUGUUUUAUUUUUUUAAGUGUCUGCCCUGACGUUAACACAGGAGGUUUGCGUUGCUGGCUUGUGCGCCAGGAACUUCAUCAAUCAGGCUGCUCUCGUUUUCCAAGAGGCUUUGACGUAUAAAAUGUAAACAGCAAAAAGGUGAGAUCUGAAUAUGGCAUUUAGUGGGAAGGUUUUCAGCAAGUUAAGCGUGUCUUUUAUGAGAGUGGGCAUCUGAUACUGCAUAGAUGUAUGCUGGACCUAAGGCCACAAGGCGUUAGCUAAGUCAGGCGGCUUUUUUAUUUUACAUACCUGCAUCCCUUUGUUUUAUUCCACAAGUAGAAUGGAUUCUAGCUUGUUUGUUUCUUGCAUAAAGUCAUGUGUCCCCCAUCCCUGUCCCCCCCCUGGAUUCCCGCAAUACCUUUCCAAUUUAAGAAAACUGUUGCAGUUUGCCUUUAAGUAACCCUGCAGCAGAUGAUCGAAACUUCGAAUUUAUCUGACAGCCCUUUUUAGAAGCAGUUUUGGUGGGUGGAUGAGGAAAGGAGUUACUGGUUGAAGAGAGGCAAACAAGGAAACAAUUAUAACAUGAUUCCUGCAUGGUUAGCAAAACAGGCGCUGCCUUUGUCAGAAAAUGCCCUGCUGAUCAGCAGGGUUUGUUGCUGAAUGCAAAAGGCUUGUGGGUUUUGGGUUUUUUCCCUUACUCUUUAAAAAAAAAAAGAGAGAGAGAGAGGUGGGGGAUUCUCUUGUCAGGACCAAGGUUUUGUAGAUUGUUCGGCGAUCUGUUUGCUUUCGGUGCUCUAUUUGUCGGUGACGUCUGCCUUUUGAAGCCACACUUUGCUCCUCUUUUGGAAAACCUUGGAAGGAUCGUAGCUGCCUGGUUGCCUGUGAGUUCCUUGGAGAUGUUUGUGUGUCUGCCCGAGCGUGGAAGGUGACCGGCUACACUGCUUGCCAGCGCAGUCACUGUGUGUAUCACCGGGAACACGCGUAUUCCUUCGACGUUGCUUUCCUUAACUUUAUGUGUUGCAGAAUCCCCCGAGGUCCUGUUCAGCAGCCCCUCGAGGAUCGGAUCUUCACUCCGACCGUCUCCGCUGUGUACAGCACUUUUAUCUCCACACAGGUAACACAAGUAGCAAGACAACCGGGUCCUCCUGCCCCAUCCCCUUACACUGCACAUGAAAUAAAUAAGGGACACCCAAAUCUUGCUGCAACGCCACCGGGACAUGCAUCGUCCCCUGGGCUUUCACAGGCUCCUUACCCCUCAGGACAGAAUGCAGCUCCAACCACGUUGGUGUACCCUCAAGCCCCUCAGACAAUGAACACCCAGCCUCAGACCCGCUCGCCGCCCAGCAGAACAGUGCCAAUACAUUGCACAGACAACUGGAAGAGGAGGAAGGUUUUGGAACAGAGUCCGGUUUACAGGUCCCUGGCUGGAAGAGGCUGGAUAAAAUACUGCAUUUUUGCAGCGGGGCCUCGACCUGCCCAUCACCAGGGAGGAUUCAGACCUAUACAGUUUUUCCAGAGGCCGCAGAUACAGCCUCCAAGAGCUACCAUCCAGAACAGCAGCCCUUCCAUCCGUCCUGGUGCGCAGACACCGACUGCGGUGUAUCAAACCAACCAGCACAUCAUGAUGGUUAAUCAUCUGCCAAUGCCCUACCCGAUGCCUCAGGGCCCCCAGUACUGUAUACCACAGUAUCGUCACAGUGGCCCUCCAUAUGUCGGGCCCCCGCAGCAGUAUCCUGUUCAGCCUCCAGGACCAGGACCCUUUUAUCCAGGACCAGGUCCUGGAGAAUUCCCCAAUGCCUAUGGAACACCUUUCUACCCAAGUCAGCCAGUGUAUCAGUCAGCACCCAUCAUAGUGCCUACACAGCAGCAGCAGCCUCCACCAGCUAAAAGAGAGAAAAAAACGAUCCGAAUCCGGGAUCCAAACCAGGGAGGCAAAGAUAUAACAGAAGAAAUAAUGUCUGGAGGGGGCAGCAGGAACCCAACGCCUCCCAUCGUGAGACCCACUUCCACACCUACCCCACCUCAGCAGCUGUCCAGCCAGGUCCCCGAGCACAGCCCUGUGGUUUAUGGGACUGUGGAGAGCACCCAUCUCGCUGCCAGCACCCCUGUCACUGCGACUAGCAACCCGAAGCAAGAAGAGAAGCCAAAACCAGAUCCAGUAUUAAAACCACCUUCUCCAGUCCUCAGACCAGAACCUACUGGGGAGAAAAAAGAUCAAGCUGGCCAGACGACUGAGGCCACCCCAGUGGAAACCCCACCAGAACUUCCUCUUGCUCCAUCGCCAACCCCAGCCGCUCCCAUCACCGUCGUUUCUGCUGCCGCCGCUGCUGCUGUUGUCACCAUUUCUAGUAAAUCCACAUUCACAACUGACUCGGAGGAGAAAUGUGAACUGGCUUCCCCAAACGAGGAGGCGAUACCUAUAUCUAAUGCCACGGCCUGCACGGACACAUCAGACCCUUCGCCAGCAGAAGAGGCUGAUGCCGAGGUGUGCAAAGAGCCUAGUAGUGUAGCAUCUAGUGAUAUUCCAGUGACUGCUAGUACUAAUCUAAUUAAUGAAAUGAAUGGAGUUAGUGAAAAAGUAACUGCUGCAGAGAGUGUAGUAGAUGUAGCCCAGACGGAAGUUGCGCCAUUGACUGUUGAGUUGGAGACACCAGAAGCACCUCCAGCAGAAGUGGAAAGCGUGCCAUCUUCCAGUGCUCUUCACACUGCUCCCUCUCCUCCUCCCACCCCACCUCCCACCCCUCCACCUCCUUCUCCUCCGAUUUCUGUUGCUGCUGCUGCUGUUACCACUACAACUCCUUCUCCACCUCCUCUUCCAUCUCCUAGUGCCCUCCCUGUUGCUCAGGGAGAUUUAGAAGCAGAGGAGAGCACAAGAACUACUAUUAACGAAGAGAUAAAAGAUAGUGAAAAGAAGGAAGAGACAGAAGCAGAUGGGCAACUGGAGGAGAGCACAGAGGCUCAGAGUUUAAACUCGAACAAGAGUCCUGUCCCAGCUCAAACAGCUGUAACUGCACCAAAGACGUGGAAGAAACCAAAAGACCGGACCCAAGCCACUGAGGAGGGGGUAGAAGUGGAAGCAGAGCCUAAAGUAGAAGAGGAACCUUCAGGUGACAAAGUACUUGAAUCUGAACAGGAGAAAAUGAGCCAUGGGUUUCAGCUGGAGAGAGACCCCUCUGAGCUUAAAAAAGUGAAACCUGUGGAAGAAAAUGGAGAGCAGGAGGCAGAACCUGUGCGAAAUGGUGCUGAGAGUGUUUCAGAGGGAGAAGGGACUGAUGCAAACUCAGGCUUCACAGAGAGCUCCAGUGAAGGGCCAGUGUACCAGUAUAAACCAGAGCAGUGGAAGCCCCUGGACCCGGAGGGGAAGAAGCAGUACGACAGGGAGUUUUUACUGGAUUUCCAGUUCAUGCCUGCCUGUAUCCAAAAGCCAGAGGGGCUGCCUCCCAUAAGCGAUGUGGUUCUCGACAAGGUGAGAGGAGAGCCGAUAAAACAGGUUAAUCAGCCGAAAUUACCGUUGAGAUCUCUGGACCCUCGGAUACUGCCUCGAGGACCAGACUUCACGCCAGCCUUUGCUGAUUUUGGGAGGCAAACCUCCGGUGGAAGAAACGUAGCUGGAAGUGCCUGCAAAGUGCAGAGCAACCCUGGAUUGCCUUCCCUGGCUCGGUGCGGUUCCCCAGCAUGCCCUCUCUUGGUCUCGCCUCACCCACCAUUGAGGAACCUGCCGCUAGGGUUGUUGAAUGUUGGACCGAGGAGAUCUCAGCCAGGCCAGAGGAGAGAGCCCAGGAAGAUCAUCACUGUGUGUGUGAAGGAGGAUGUCCACCUGAAGAAGGCAGAGAAUGCCUGGAAGCCAAGCCUGAAGAGAGAAAACCAAACUGAGGACCCAGAAAAUGUCAAAACCCAGGAGCUGUUCCGCAAGGUACGAAGCAUCUUGAACAAGCUGACGCCCCAGAUGUUCAAUCAGCUCAUGAAGCAAGUGACAGACCUGACGGUAGAUACCGAGGAGAGGCUGAAAGGAGUCAUCGACCUGGUCUUUGAGAAGGCAAUUGAUGAACCGAGCUUCUCGGUGGCGUAUGCCAACAUGUGCAGGUGUCUUGUAACGCUGAAAGUGCCCAUGGCAGACAAACCUGGGAGCACAGUAAAUUUCCGCAAGUUGCUGUUAAAUCGCUGCCAGAAGGAAUUUGAAAAGGACAAGGCUGACGACGACGUCUUUGAAAAGAAGCAGAAAGAACUUGAAGCUGCUACCACUCCGGAGGAGAAGACGCGGCUCCAUGACGAGCUGGAAGAGGCCAAGGACAAGGCCCGACGGAGAUCCAUUGGGAAUAUAAAAUUCAUUGGCGAGCUUUUCAAACUGAAAAUGCUGACGGAGGCUAUCAUGCAUGACUGCGUGGUCAAGCUGCUGAAAAACCACGAUGAGGAGUCCCUUGAGUGCCUUUGCCGCCUGCUAACUACCAUUGGCAAGGACCUGGACUUUGAGAAAGCAAAGCCUCGCAUGGACCAGUAUUUUAAUCAGAUGGAGAAGAUUGUGAAAGAGAGGAAAACAUCUUCAAGGAUUCGGUUCAUGCUUCAGGAUGUAAUAGACCUAAGGCUGUGCAACUGGGUGUCACGGAGAGCAGAUCAGGGCCCGAAGACCAUCGAGCAGAUUCAUAAAGAAGCCAAGAUUGAAGAGCAAGAAGAACAGAGGAAGGUCCAACAACUCAUGACCAAAGAGAAGAGGAGACCGGGUGUCCAGCGGGUCGAUGAAGGAGGUUGGAACACUGUGCAGGGGGCAAAGAACAGCAGGGUGCUGGACCCCACCAAGUUCCUUAAAAUCACCAAGCCCACAAUAGAUGAGAAGAUUCAGCUUGUGCCUAAAGCCCAGUUGGGCAGCUGGGGAAAGGGCAGCAGUGGUGGAGCAAAGGCAAGCGAGAUGGACUCCUUACGACCAAGUGCCACUAGUUUGAACAGAUUUUCUGCGCUGCAGCCUCCAGUCUCAUCUGUAUCUGCCUCAUCCGCAUCUUCAGAAUUAGAUUCUCGCAGGGCCUUAACUAGUCGCGGAAGCACAGGCAGGGAGAAGAAUGACAAACCUCUUCCGCCUUCCCUCUCCCGCCCCAACACCUUCCUACGGGGCAGCAGCAGUAAAGAGCUGCUGCUCGACAAUCAGGCACAAGAGGAGCAGCGGAGAGAGAUGCUGGAGACAGUGAAACAGUUGACAGGCGGCAUGGAGAUGGACAGAAACAGCACAGAGGCAGAGAGGAACAAAGCCAAGGAAUCUGCCAAGCCAGAAGCUACCCCAGCUCCAGCACAAGAAAAGCCUUCACUAUCAGAAGAGGAAAUAGAGAGAAAAUGCAAAUCUAUCAUUGAUGAGUUCUUGCAUAUUAAUGAUUUUAAGGAAGCAAUGCAGUGUGUGGAGGAGCUGAGCACCCAGAAUCUGCUGCCUGUUUUCGUGCGAGUGGGAGUGGAGUCGACACUCGAGAGGAGUCAGAUCACCAGGGAUCACAUGGGCCAGUUAUUACAUCAGUUGGUGCAGUCAGGAAAGCUGAGCAAGCAGGAUUUCUUCAAGGGCUUUUCAGAUACCUUGGAGAUGGCGGAUGAUAUGGCCAUAGAUAUACCCCAUAUUUGGUUGUACCUAGCUGAGUUGGUGACCCCCAUGUUAAAAGAAGGAGGAAUCUCUAUGAGAGAACUUAUACAAGAAUUUAGCAAACCUUUGCUUCCUGUGGGAAGAGCCGGUGUCUUGCUUGCUGAAAUCUUGCACCUUCUAUGCAAACAAAUGAGCCAUAAGAAAGUGGGAGCCUUAUGGAGGGAGACUGGCCUCAGUUGGAAGGACUACUUACCUGAAGGGGAGGAUGUACAUACCUUUCUCAUGGAACAAAAGUUGGACUUCACGGAGUCCGACUGUUCCAGUUCCUCAGAAGCACUUUCAGAGAAAGAACUCUCUGCGGAAGAGCUGAACAAGCAGCUAGAAAAACUCAUUGUUGAGGACAAAGCGAAUGAUGAACAAAUCUUUGACUGGGUAGAGGCUAAUCUAGAUGAAAGCCAGAUGAGUUCACCUACAUUCCUUAGAGCUUUAAUGACAGCAGUUUGUAAAGCAGCUAUUAUAGCGGACUCUUCUAGCUUCCGUGUGGACACUGCUGUUAUCAAACAGCGAGUGCCGAUCUUACUCAAGUACCUAGACUCAGACACAGAGAAGGAACUUCAAGCACUUUAUGCACUACAAGCAUCAAUAGUAAAACUUGAUCAGCCUCCUAAUUUGUUGCGGAUGUUUUUUGAUUGCCUGUAUGAUGAGGAGGUAAUAUCAGAGGAUGCCUUCUACAAGUGGGAAAGCAGCAAGGACCCAGCAGAGCAGAACGGGAAAGGAGUAGCGCUAAAAUCUGUCACAGCAUUCUUCACGUGGCUACGGGAGGCCGAAGAAGAAUCGGAGGAUAAUUAAAACUUAAAAUACAGAGAAAAAAAAAAGAAACAAUUUAAGUAUUUUUUUAAAAAGUUUCACGUCUUCGCCAAUCACAGUGCAGCAAGGCCAAUUCUCGCGCAGACCCCCCCUUCCCCCACACAUGCACGAGUGGGAGAGGUAAAAAUAGAUAAACACAAAGGUGAUCAUUGAGGAAAAAAGGUACUUGAAAAAAAAGUAAACUUCAAACCUGAGGGCGGGAGCACUAAACCAAAAUACAUGUAUUAUUUAUAGAAAAUAUUUUCUGUUUUAAUCUUUUUUUUUUCUUUUAAACAAGGACUCAUACUUACAAAAACACAAAGCAAAACAAAUCUGUUUAGGAAAAAAAAGAAGUUUAAAACUUUUAAUUUAUUAAAGGACUGCAAAUGCCAGUGUAAUUUUUAAAUUUGCAGUUUCUGUAAACAAAUUGUAUAAUAGAACAAAAGCAGAGAAAUAAAUUUCCCUCCCCUUCAUAUGCACCUCAGUUUUGUUUCAAAGCAUGAUAAAUAGACAAAACUUUCAAGGGGGUUGGGGUAAGCUAGGUGAGGAAGAGAUCAAUUUUUUUCUUUUUAAUUGUCAUCAGAUUUUUUCUGCCUGCCUCUCAGCUUGCUUCAGAAAUUUAAAAAGAAAAUAGUAAUCAAAACUUACAUAACCUUGGAACGGAAGGAAAUGCAUUUGAGAAAACCGCUGCGGACCAGAGUGCUCCGAAAAUAACUCAUUCAAAACAGUGCUACCCUGGGGAAAAAGUACUAGUGAUACUUUCAGAACCUUUAGAGCAACUUUAAGGCUUGUAAAUACAUAGAACAAAUAUUUAAAAAAAAAAAAAAAGAAAAAAAGAAAUUGACUCAAUACUAUUUCUUUUCACUUUCAAAAUAUAAAGAACAAAAUAAAGACAAACAUUGCAAGUUUAAAAGAAAGUAAAACGACUUCUCCUUUUGACAGCUGCUGAAUGUGUGCACCAUCUCUGAGCGGUGCUGGCUUCCUUUUCAUUGUGUAGAUCCUCGGUUCCAAAUUGUGUACAUAUAGUGUGUGUAUGUAUGUGUGUCUACCAAAAAAAAAAGAGGGGUGAGAGCAAUUGUUG